AUGUCGAACUUCGAUCCCAAUGCCAUCCUUCGUGGUGCGCAGCUCACCGUCGUCGGUGCCUACCGAGCAUUACAGAAUCCGAAACUCUUCACCUCCGAGCAUUAUAGACAAGCUGCUCUAGCCGUUGCAGCUGGUAUCGCCAUUCGUAUCCUCGUCGCCAUUCCUGCCCUUGGCGUUCGUGUACUUAUUGCUUUCCUUGGUCUCUUCACAGACCUCAAGAGCUCGGGAUGGGAUGAUGAAAUCAUGGAUGGCGUCGAAUUCUUGGAGCAUUCGGUGCUACAGCUGCCCUUCUUCCUCAUGAGUUUCAUGAGAUACAUUAGUCCCUCUCUGGACAACAUGUUCAUGGAAUCGCUCAGAUGGGUCGACGAGACGUAUGUCCAGAAGCACAAGGGUGAAGACCCCAAACAGCUCCGCGCCAUGUACUAUCCCAACAUGCGUCAAUACACCCACCACGGUCCUGCUCCCGCUGCAGGAGAAAAGCCCUCGCAAAAUGCACCUAAGCAAGCCGCCAUCAAGUUCUUGAUGCGAUACGGGCGCAAGGCUGGAAUCUCGUUAGCCGUCUACCUGCUCUCGCUGGUGCCAUACGUUGGUCGCUUCGUCCUACCCGCUGCAUCCUUCUACACCUUCAACAAGCAGGUUGGUCUGCAACCCGCUAUUCUCAUCUUUGGCAGCUCCAUCUUCCUGCCUAAGAGGUACCUGGUUCAGUUCCUCCAGAGCUACUUUGCUUCUAGAAGCUUGAUGAGAGAAUUGCUCGAGCCUUACUUCUCGCGUGUCCGAUUCACACCUCAACAGAAGAAGAUCUGGUUCCACGACCGCGAGGGUGUUCUCUUUGGAUUCGGCGUUGGCUUCUUCGUCUUCCUCAAAAUUCCUUUGCUCGGUGUGCUCAUCUACGGCAUUGCCGAAGCUUCAACUGCAUUCUUGAUUACCAAGGUCACUGACCCACCGCCGCAACCCGAAGAGUGGAAUAACUUUGCUGAGACACAGGCUCAUUGGCGCAACAAGCAUGAGUUCUUGAAGCUUCCUCUGGACAAGCUGGAUGCGUUGAACAUCACUACGACCAAGGAAGGCGAGAAGCCGGACACGACGACCAUCAAAGGCCGCCAAUUCACCUAG